GCUUCGUGAUUUAGCCGGUUCCUGCGAGGCCGUGGAACGACAGGGAGAGAGAGCUGAGAGCGAACCUCUUCGUCUGUCCUUGGUGCAAUGGCUACUGUUCCCGAUGCUCUCAUUUGGGAGAUAGUGAAGAAGAAUAAUGCCUUUCUGUUGAAGCAGUUUGGUAACGGUAGCGCCAUGGUGCAGUUUAGCAAGGAGAAGAACAACCUUUAUAAUGUUCAUUCAUUCAAGUUCUCUGGUUUGGCGAACAAGAAGACCGUAUCCAUUCAGCCUGCUGGAAAAGAUCUCUCUGUUGUCCUUGCUACUACGAAGAAGAAAAAGCAGAACAAACCGAUUAGUCUGUCCCACAGGUCGAUUAUGAAGAGAGAAUUCCGCAAAGUGGCAAAGGCAGUGAUUAGUCAGGUUGCAGACAACCAUUAUAGACCUGAUCUGAAAAAGGCAGCGCUUGCAAGGCUUAGUGCAGUGCGCCGAAGCCUCCAAGUUGCCAAGUCUGGCCCUAAGAAAAGGAACAGGCAAGCUCAGAAAGUGAAGAUAAAUUAGUUUCUACAUGAGAACUAAAUCUUCUUUCAUGCUAAAAGAGUGUUCUAAUCAGCUAUUUCAUUUGAUGGAUUUUGUUUUCUUGUUGUUAUUUUAAAUCUUAAAACUGUUUUGAGAGAUAUCUUUCUUCUAAACCAUUUUGAACUUUCUUGAUCUCCUUCGACUUUGUAGGAAAAGCCUACUUUCAAUUAUCUUCUUUGAGAA